CCAUCCAACAAGCUGAGAAGAGGUGAACUAACAGACAGAAGAGUGCAAGUACAAGUACACACACACUUGCUGAGAGGUGGACAAAGUAAAUAUACUAAGCCACCAUGUGACAUUAGAGGCAAAUGCAACUCGACGGGGAAUGGAGCUUCCAACAACACCCCCUCCAAACAACUCUGACCUAUACCUGUCGCUCGGCAACCACACUGCAGCGGUGACAACCGACCCGCUCUCGCAGAAUGCCUUCCUGGCAAGCCUGCUCCUCUCAUGCCUCUACACGACCUUACUGUUCCCGCUCGGCCUGCUGGGUAACCUCUUGAUCCUGGUGGUGAACCUUGACCCCUGCUCGCGCAUGACCUCGCCUGACCUGUACUUCACCAAUCUGGCCCUGGCGGACCUGGUGCUGGUGCUCGACUCGCUCAUCGAGGUGUUCAACGUCAGCGCCCAUUACUAUGACAACGCCCUGCUCUGCACCUGCAUGGCGCUGUUUCUGCAGGUGAACAUGUACAGCAGUGUGUUCUCUCUGACAUGGAUGAGCCUGGACCGCUGCAUGGCCCUGACGCGCCUCUCAGACCGCGCGCUCUUCUCCAGCGCCAGCCUCCGCCGCGCCCGCGUGGCCUGCGCCACCAUCUGGGUGGCAGCGGCUUUGCUCACCCUGCUCCCCUUUGGCGUGGCGCACGCCCGUCACGGCUGGGGUCAGGGCUUCUGCUUUGCGGGCAUGGCCGAGGUCCAGUGGCUCGAGGUGACCGUCGGCUUCCUGCUGCCCUUCUGCAUCAUCUGCGCGUGCUACACGCUGAUCGGCCGGGCGCUCAUGAAUGCCCGGCCGUCGGGCGUGCGUCGGCACGGGCGGCUGAAGGCCCUGCGGAUGAUCGUGGCGGCGGUGACGGUGUUCUUCGUCUGCUGGCUGCCCGAGAACGUCUUCAUCGGCGUGCACCUGCUGCGCGGCGCCACCGGGCCGUCGCGUCGGCGCGGCAACAGCUCGCUGUGGCAACAGUACCCGCUCACCGGUCACCUGGUGACCCUGGCCGCCUGCACAAACUCCUGCCUGAACCCGCUGCUCUACAGCCUCAUCGGGGGGACGUUCAUUCGCAAAGUGCGCUUGUUCAUCAAGCACCACGCGCGCUGCUCCCACACCCCGGGUCACGCGGACGGUGAUCAUCACGCCUGCCCACACCAACACCACGAGGAGUUUGACCACAGUCUCGUGCAGGAGGCCGCGCCGGAGAGAGAGUGUGUGUGUGCGAGGCAGCCAGACAGCAGUUCAGGCUACAAUGGGUGUGUGUGAUGGCACCAUAAUGGACGCCGCACUCCAGGGCCAGACAGCCUUGCGAGUGAACAGAUGAAGUGCAGCGGAUAAGACUAAACAGACAGUCAGACUGCAAAGGAAGCUGUUCAGUAGGGAGAGCAAUCAACCAGAAAUGACUGCAUUUGCAGCAUGAGUAUGUCUGAACUUGUUUUUUGUUUAUGUAACUAAAGGUAGUUGAUGUAAAUGCUGUACCACAAUUCUUUGAGCACUGCUGGCCUCACGAUACAAAAGCCCUGGACUCUUGCUGAUGCAGACAGACACAAGUGCAACACAACAAGUGAUUCGGCGGAGCACAAAGAUAAGCACACUCCAAAUCAAUAAUCAAUUAAUGAUUUGGCCCCUGAUCUUUGACACAACAACAAUUAACCAACGACUAACCUCUGGAGUCAGCUCUUCUUCAACAUCUUCCACAGGUUCCUCUGGAUCGGCUUGCACCUUCUGUUUUUUCAAUAUUUUAGGUUCAGCCUCUGACGUUUCCUGUGGAAAUACAAAAUCACUGACA